AAGAGAGACAGAGACAGAAACAGAGAGAGAGUUAUUUAAGUAAACCUCUUCUCUUCCAAUGCUUUAGUCGGAAAGUUUUCUCCGACGUUCAUCAGUUGACGAUUUUGAAACCAUCUUAGCCCUUAACCCGGUUUAAUGGAAGAAGGAAACAUGUUUGAAGAAAUAGGGUGUUUUGACCCAAAUGCUCCGGCAGAUAUGACGGUGGAGAGCAACUUCUCUCCGGCGGAGCCACCACCGCCGGUCUUGGUUGCCGGUAGCACAAGCAACAGCAACUGCAGUCUUGAAGAUCUCUCUGAGUUCCACCUCAGCCCACAAGACUGCUCCCUAGCCGCAGCCACAGCUUCUGUUCAUCAGCUUCACAUCAAUACUCCUUCUAGUUGUGACCAGCAACUCCAGAGUUUAAUGCACCAAAACUUUCAAGAUCCAGCUUAUGCUCCACAGUCUAACAAUUGGGACAACGGUUACCAAGAGUUUGUGACUUUAGGUCCUAAUCACACAACUCCUGACCUACUCAGCCUCUUGCAAUUACCAAGAUCCUCACUUCCACCUUUCGCAACACCUACCCUUCACGACAUGAUCAUGACAUCUUCCUCUGCCUCUGCUGCCUUUGACCCUCUCUACCAUCUGAAUUUCCCUUUGCAGCCUCCUAGUGGGACUCUACUAGGAGUUGAGGAUCAGACCGAGUUCAAUGGAGUGAACAGUUUGAUAUAUGCUGAAGAAAACAACACCACCGAGAAUGGUCUUAACCGAAAAGGGAGAGGAUCAAGAAAGCGUAAAGUCUUCCCUACAGAACGUGAGAGAAGAGUUCACUUCAAAGACCGGUUUGGUGACUUGAAGAACUUAAUUCCAAACCCUACCAAGAAUGAUAGAGCAUCAAUCGUUGGAGAAGCGAUAGAUCACAUCAAGGAAUUGCUAAGGACCAUCGAGGAGUUCAAGAUGCUAUUGGAGAAGAAAAGAAUCACAAGGCAAAGGAACAAGAGAGGCAGAAUCGAAGUAGGGGAAGAGGACGUUGGUGAUGAGAACUACAACGCUCAAAGCGAAGUCGUGGAACAGUGUUUAGUCAAUAAGAAGAACAAUGCCUUGAGAUGCUCGUGGCUGAAGAGGAAAUCAAAAUUCACUGAAGUCGAUGUGCGUAUCAUAGACGAUGAAGUUACUAUCAAGAUCGUGCAAAAGAAGAAAAUCAACUGUUUAUUGUUCGUCUCCAAAGUGAUUGAUCAGCUUCAGCUUGAUCUUCAUCAUGUAGCUGGUGCACAGAUCGGAGAGCACCACAGCUUCUUGUUCAACACCAAGAUUUGUGAAGGGUCUAGUGUUUAUGCAAGUGCCAUAGCAGAUAGAGUUAUGGAAGUGUUGGAGAAACAAUACAUGGAAGCUCUUUCGUCUAACAAUGGCUAUCACUGCUACACUAGUGAUUAAUGCGUUUUCUUCUUAGUAAUGGCUUCCAUAAUGGAUGAUUAAUUAUUACAUUAGUAAUGUUUCGUAUUAUUUCGUUUUAUCUAUGUGGGCUUGAAGCUAGUUUUUCCAUGGAGGAUUAAUAAUAUUACAUUAAUAAUAUAAUUAACUCAUA